AUGUUAAUUUAUCGGCAUAACAAUUAGUGUGUAGCACGACAUUAUUUUGUGCUGCAUAAAGUCGUGAACAGUUGUGUAUGUUGCAAAAAAUGUACGGAAUCUCCGUUGUAUCUAGAGCAGAAGUCUGUGUGAAUGCGUAAGAACUCGGCAAUAAUACGCUUUUCUCGGAAAAAAAAUCACGUGACCAGAACGCGAUGAUCGAGUAUUCUAAGUAGAAUGUGCCGUACACUAUGGGAGACGAAGUUGACAAGCCUAGCCGAGUGCCAGAGUCACCAGGAGCAAAGGCAAUUGUCACCCCAGGCGAAGGAAACCACAGCAGCGGAUUUCAUCAGGCUGGUCGUAAUGAGGCUGAUCUUCGGGCUAGCCUCAGCGAUGGGUUACGGCGAAGGACUUUCCAACGUUUUGGGCGGCAUCUUUGUGCCUCCCGGGGCCGAUUACGACGACGACUACGAUUUCGUGCCCGACCUGUUCUAGCGGGAUAUAUAUGCUCACCCACAUAUAGAAGGAGGAAAAACGAGAUUUUUCGGAUACGCGUGUAUACAUACACACACGUCUGCGCGAAUCUGCCGAACAGACGGCAGGGGAUUCGGCUGACGCGCGCUCUUUUUACGUGUGAACUUGUACGAUACAUAUACGUUGAGAAAACUGCUUUGUCGAAUGACUGAAAGUGCUUAUGCUUUUGCCAAAGUAGUUUUCAUCCAAAUUUCGAACCUGAGACUGCGGUGCAUAUCAUUGUUUUCCAAGCGAUUGCCGAUAUAUAUCAAAACUAAAGUGUACAUAAUGUACGAUUUUUUACACGCGGCAUAGUGUUUUUAAGUUAUCAUACUCUCUGAUGUGUACUAUAUUUGUAUGAUCAUCGAAAAAAUCAUUUGUUAAAGCGGUUACCUGCACACUUAUUCGUAGGAUGAUUUUUGUUAACGAGUGCGCAAUUUUUUACCGACCCGAUCAUCUAUUUAUUUAUUUAUUUAUUUAUUUAUUUAUUCGUAUAGGCCUUCUGUUGAUUGUUAGUUACGAAAAACACGUUGAAUCGUAAUAUUUUCACACCUAUAUAAUAACGAGCACGUAUUAUACGCACACUGCGCAGUAAUAAGAAAAUUGUGAAGCGAAACUUUUCCAACUGGUCGCAACGUCUGUACAUACUGUAUUUACGUGCCUACACGCCUAUUUAUCGUUAAUAAAAAGCAGCAUAUAAAACACAAGA